AUGGCCCCUCCUCACUCAAGAUCUGACUAUUGCAUUACCCCUCAUACAAUACUCGUCGUGCUCAUGCUCAUGCUCACUCUCAUGCUCGAAUCCUUGUGGAGAAUGCAAAAGACGUGGAUAAUGCCAUCGAGAUCGAAUCAAAUGGGGAAGUCAAAAUGACUCCGCAAAUCGCGUCACCGCUCACCGCCCUGGCGUUUCCCUCCUCCCAUUCGCCAAUGACUUUAACCCAUCCUCAAACACGGAGUGAGGACACAGAGCAGCGUAGCAUAGACAAGGAGAAGGUACGCCCGAACGCCGGACAGACAGAUGGACAGAUGACAGGAAUCUGCAAGAUUGCUGCAAGAUUUUAUGCAAGAGAGGAGGGAAGGGAAAGAGUACGAGUAGAUCUCUUUUUGAAGCUCUGGCUUGCUUCUGCUUCUGCUUCUGCGACCGGGGGGGCGAGAGCGAGGGACUGGCCUCCCCUCCACUUUCUUGGCGGAGCAUCCCUGUCACUCUAACAUUUUCUUUCCCACCCCCCACUCGUCAUACUUCCAUACCCGUACUUGUACAUACGCAAUAUCUGCAUAUCACAAAAAACAUCAACAACAUCUGAACCGUCGUGCAUACCUCCGCUUCCCCCUCCCCGCCGCCGUCAUGAGCAAAU